AUGAUUGACAGUCUAUUCGUUUUGAACAAUUCUGGGAAAAUCAUUAUAGAAAAGCACUGGCGUGGUCUCAUUAACCGUCAAAUAGUCGAUUACUUUAACGACCAUGUCAUCAACAAAUCCCCUGAAGACGUUUUGCCAAUAAUAUCAACACCAAAAUAUCAAUUGGUGCAUGUAUAUCGCUCGGGUCUAACGUUCCUAAGCCCAGUCUCAAAUGAGGUUGACGCAUUGUUAGUUAUAGAAUUUCUUCAUCGAAUUGUUGAUAUUUUAGCAGAAUACUUCGGAGAAAUUGCCGAAAUGUCAAUAAAAGAUAACUUUGAUACCGUAUACCAGCUUCUGGAGGAGAUGAUGGAUUAUGGGUGGACCGUAGCAUACCAUCAUAUUUCUAUUAACCAUACAUUUACGCGAAGCUUUCUUCUUAAUAUUGUAGGAUACCCGUUAACCACCGAGCCAAACGCGUUAAAAGAUAUGAUCGUGCCACCAAACAUUAUUAGUAAAGUUAUAAGUCAAGUUGCAGGUGUAACGAGCAUGACCCAGCAUGUACCCAAUGGUAGCACUAUAGCGAGUAUACCGUGGCGAAAAGCUGGUGUCAAAUAUAACAAUAACGAAAUAUACUUCGAUAUAAUCGAAGAGAUAGACGCGAUAGUAGAUAGUAAUGGUACCAUAGUAUCAUCAGAAACUCAUGGUUUGAUACAGGCAAAUUGUCGUCUAUCUGGAAUGCCUGACCUUACUUUAAGUUUCGUUAACCCUCGAAUAUUGGACGACUGUAGCUUUCAUCCUUGCGUAAGAUACAAUAAAUUUGAACACGAGCGUGUUCUCUCUUUCGUACCACCGGAUGGACAUUUCAAAUUGAUGAGUUAUAGAGUGAAUUUCCCAAAUCACCAUUCACUACCAGUUCAUAUAAAACCACAAAUACAUAUGACUAAUAAUGGCGGAAAAUUUGAUAUUUCCAUUUCAGUACGGAAUACUGAUGGAAAACCAGUUGAAAAUGUAUUGUUGAUAUUUCCGCUUGCUCAAUCAGUUACCAGUGUCAAUGCUACUUGCAACCUAGGGUCUUAUAUUUUCGAUCCAGUAACAAAGAGCAUAAAAUGGGAUUUGGGUAAAAUAGAUCCUAAAGAUAGAUCACCAAUAUUAUCAGGGAACUUUAGUAGUCCUGAACAAACUCCUGAAUCGGGUCAUACAAUAACACUUGAAUUUGUUAUAAAUAUUUUUGCUAUAUCGGGAUUAAAAGUGGACAGUUUAAAGAUCUACAACGAAAGUUACAAACCUUACAAGGAGUAUGACCAAAGCAGGGAAAUUCCAGAUCAGGACGUAGAUGAAGGGCUUCUUUGUGUUCAUAUAUUUUGG